UUUUUGAAAAGGACCUGUAUAUAUAUUUGCAUUAUUGACACACUAUUUGCUAUUUAAUACUGUAAAGCUGCUUUGACACAAUCUGUAUUUUUAAAAGCGCCAUAUAAAUAAAAGUGACUUGACUUGACAAAUGGUAACCAAAACCAUGGUUACUACACUUUUACUAUUAUAAUAUCAAGGCUAUUUUUUCUUAAGGGAUUUGUAUCUGUGUAUACUUACUUUUCUCUUUAUUUUGUUUUUAUAACUGUAUGAUUUGAUAUUUUGUUUAGUUUGGUUUAAUAAAAAAAGAGAGAAAUCAGGAAAAAAGAUUUGCUAUACAUACUCCGAAGUCACGAUCUGAAUUAAAUGAUUCGCUAAUAUCGCUAUACUCGCUCCGAAGUUCCGAUUUAAAUCAAAUGAUUUGCAAACCUGCUCUGAAAUCCCAAUCUGAAUCGAAUGAUUCACAAUACGCGAUCUGAAUAAUGAUUCACAAACUGGCUCCGAAGUUCCCAUCUGAAUCAGAUGAUUCGUGGACCCGCUUCAAAAUCCCGAUCUGAGUCAAAUGAUUCCCGAUUCGUGACCCCAUGCUCUGAAGUUCCGAUCUGAAUAAUGAUUCGCAAACCCUUUCCGAAGUUCUGAUGAAUAAAAAGAUUCGCGAUACGCGAAGUUCUGGUAUGUAGAAACUAUCAAAAGUUCUGCUAAUCUGAGUUCAUUCUCUGUAUUCAUCCUUUGUGCCAUCCUAAGAUGUAAUUUUAUUACCCAGUUUUUUUCUUUUUGUUUGUUGCCCUGGCAACCAAUGUGUGUUGUAUUGUGUUUUUUUUUUUUUAUUAUUAUUAUUAUUUUGUCUGUAAUUGUACUGUCUUGACGUUUUGGAUAUCUGUAAUGUUUAAUAAAAAAAAAGCGGUCCGAAGAUCUGAUAUAAAUCAAAAGAUUCACGAACCCGCUCCAAAGUUCCGAUCUAAAUCAAAAGAUUCGCGCUCCGAAGUCUCGAUCUAAAUAAUGAUUCGCGAACCAUCAUUUCAGAUCAGCACUUUAGAGUGCGUAUCACGAAUCUUUCAAUUCGCGAAAUGAUUCGCGAUACGCGCUCCAAAGUUCUGAUGAAUCAAAAGAUUCGCGAUACGCGAAACAACUAGAGCGCUUCGGAACAGUGAAUCAUUUUGCUGCGCAUGUUUAGGCUAACUGAUUCGGAGUUUCGAAAAGCUCUGUUUCACCAACAUUAGUGCUUUUUAAAAUCAUUAAUUUCGAAAUUCGAAAAUGAAUGGCUCUUUUAAUCUGCUUUUGCUGGUGAAUCGAAUUCGAGUUUGAAUCAAUCAGAGCGGUUCUAGCGUAAAUGACUCACUCAGUUGAAUCGGUUUGUCUGUUCCUCCGCUUUUUGCGCUUUUAGCCAUGAUUAUAAGACACCGUCAGUACUGUCAGUACUACUAGCCUACUGAAUUAGUUUGCUAGUUGUAUGACAGUAACUGAAAAAAAAUAUUAUGUUUACAGAUGUUUGCAUAUUUCUUUUCAGACGAUAAUUGCUUUCCACGUGAAAACUUCCAACAUAAAUCUACUAACAUAUUCAGAACAGCUAAGAGACACACAGGUGAGCGGCUGCGAUUCCUGACGGACAGAUUGGUCCUCUAUUUUCCACCGCUAAAUAAGCUACUUAAAGACCCGCACCAGUAACUGAACUCCUCCAAUGUGCAAUGCCAAAAAGUGACACCUGGCCCGGGGGCGUUUCCACUGAAUCUGUGUCUGGUAUGGACAGUGCAGGAAGCUGUGAUAGCGUGCUCAGCAUCAACUCUGGAUUUAGCGAUGAUAGUCUGGAGCACCUUUCUGCAGAGGAAAGAGCCUGUCUCAUGUUCCUGGAGGAGACCAUUGAGUCUCUGGAGGCAGAAGACGACAGCGGUUUGUCUAACGACGAGCCUGAUCAACCAUCUAAUGGCUUGAAAGGGAAAACCGCUCAGCAGACAUCCAUCUACCAGAACAAACCUGAGGAGCUGUUAGCCCAUGAGGAUCCGAACAAAGUGAUUGGAAGAAAUCAUAAACCAGCUCAGAAGUACCUUGUGCCAACUCCAUUACUCCUUGCCAGUGCCAAGAUAGUCAACAAACCAAUGGAGUCGUCUCCCAAAGAAGCACCUGUGGCAUUUAUUGAUGCUCCUGAUGGGUUUAGAUCAAGUCCUGACCUUCAACAACCUGGACAGACAGUUCCAGAAGAACCUGCUCCAAAAGUAGGAAGUUCAAAACCAAGCAUUGGACAGUCAAGUGAUCUAGUGGACUUGCCUCCUUCGUUCAUACCCGAACCUCCAGUCAGAACAAGUUUGCUUAACAAGUCGAAAGCCAAAGAGGAUGCCCUGAAGAGUUUCGCUGUCAAGUCUCAGGCGAAGCAGGAGAAAGCUUCCUCAGAGGAAUCGAUGGAAUUCAUUCCUCCACCUUCAGACUUCAUGGACGAACCAGCGCAGAAGAUAAGCCUUGCUAAUUCGCCAAAACCUCCAGUUAACGAUGGGCCACCAGAAUGGGUUCCCGAACUCCCCAAAGUGGAGUCUCACGUUUCUGGUGCAUCCAUCAAGCCAACUGAGGUGACCAAAUCAGACCCUGAAACGCCAAGCGGACCGUUGUCCCACAAUGACAUCGAAAGCCUACGCAAGAAGGCUUCCAUGAAGAAAGUACCUCACUUGGCUCCAUUAAUGCUUGGGCACCAUUCUGCAUCGGACAAACCGAUGACGCCUUCGCCGUCUUCAGAGCACGUGCUGAAAGACUACACCGACUCCAAAAGCCCACCGGUUGUGGCGCCCAAACCCAAGAAGCUCCCGUCAAAUAUCAUCCUCAAAAGCCACAAGGACACAGGUGCAACACAUUCAUUACUUCCUCAAGCCGAGCGUCCACAGAUGGAUCCGCAGAAGAUCCGAAUGGAGGCUUUGAAAAAAUUAGGCCUGCUGAAGAACGAAGAGGUUGACUCGGGCCACGGCGUGCCUCCUUCUCAUUCGCCAACGUUCAAAGCUAAAACUCGGCCUCAGUCGCUUUGCAUGGCAUCAGAACCCGUUCAGGAAAUAUCUAGACUUUCCGAAAGCCCCGUACCGGGGGACAUGCAACUUCUUGCAGACACUCUAAAGCACCAAGACCAAAAAACCAGGGAAGGUUCUUUGAAGAAGCAACCGACGAGGUCCUACGAGAUCAAAACGGCGUCGCUGGAGCGUACAAGGUCAAGGAGGGUUGAACCGACCCCGGAGGCGACGGUCCCAGACAGGACCCAAGUUGAGUUGUCGCCAGGCCAGUUACGAAAGACCAGAGAUCGACCUCCUUCUGCAGGGAGCGCAAAGGACUUUGGUAUUGGCCAGCAGGUUGAGGAUUCAACCAAAUCACUCAAUGCUGCUGCGGUUCAGCCUGGGAAUGACGGGCAAAAAUUGCCUCGCUCCGGAAUAAGCGUGAUGAUUUCUCCGCACGGUAAAAAUGGAGAGAACCGAAAGGAAGCCUUGAAGAAACUGGGACUGCUGAGGGACUAAUGGAUGACGCCACUGGCCUUUCUCGGGGUACUAAAUUCGCAAUUUAUUUGGGGUAUUAGGAACAUUAGCACUGAAAGGGCAAUUGCUGAUGAUACAGACUUUGACAUCAUUUGUGAUGCUUUUGGUUUUCGGCUUGGUGGUCGAGUUGCAUCUUUAGCUACCUGCUUAAGUAAUUGACACAGCGUAAUAUAUGCACUUUCUUCUAAAUUGUUUUGGUAAGGCUGCGUCCACAUGAACUUGGAUUAAUCUGAAAAUGUUUUCUGCUUUUCUAUCGUUUUCCAAAAGUUGCUUGUCAACUUGAAACCAUCUGCUUAAUAAGUAAGAAAACUCACUGAGAUGCAAGUACAAGUAAUCAGAUUACUUUUUUCAAGUAACAAGUAACAGAUUACUUUAAGAUUUAAGUUUAAGAUUUACAAGAAAGUAGUUACUUUUUCAAAAAAGUAAUCUUUUUUUCCCAUUUAUCUGUCCUGUCUCUGUUCUGAGAGAAACUGGGAGUGAGGUGCAGAGGCACUUCCUUCAGGCUGGUGUAAAAGUUCCCAAAAAUAUCUAUAGUUGUGUAAAUAUAUUUUUGCCAUCUUUUGUAUAUUUUUGUCACUACAUUGAAAAAAUAUUAAUAUAUUUUAAGAAAUAAUUAAAACUUAUAUUUUAAUACUGUGUGAUGGGAAAUGUAUUUUCUUGCCCCUAAAAUACAUUUUGAAAUAUAUUUUAUAUAUAUAUAUAUAUAUAUAUAUAUACACUAUCGUUCAAAAGUUUGGGGUCAGUUCUUUUUUUAAAGAAAUUAAUACUUUUAUUCACCAAGGAUGUAUUAAGUUAAUAAUUAAAAGUUUAUUAAAAGUUAAUAAUAAAUAAUUUACAUUGUUAUAAAAUAUUUAUAUUUUGAAUAAACACUGUACUUUUUAAACUUGUUAUUCAUGAAAGAAUCCUGAAAAAAAAAAAAAAAAAAAAAUCACAGGUUCCAAAAAAUAUUUGGCAGCACAACUGUUGAUAUUAUCCAACAUUGAUCAUUCUAAUAAUAAAUCCGCAUAUUAGAAUGAUUUCUGAAGGAUCAUGUGACACUUAAGACUGGAGUAACAGCUGAUAAAAAUUCAGCUUUUCAUCACAGGAAUAAAUUCUAUUUUAAAGUAUGUUAAAAUAAAAAACCUUAUUUUAUAUUGUAAAAACAUUUUGCAAUAUUAUUGUUUUUUUCUAUAUUUUUAAUCAAAUAAAUGCAGCCUUGAUGAGCAUAAGAGACUUCUUUAAAGACUAUUACAAGUCUUACUGACCCCAAACUUUUGAACGGUAGUGUAUGUAUAUGUGUAUAUGUGUAUAUGUAUGUAUGUGUAUGUAUAUAUAUAUACACACACACACACAGUGCACACAUGUUAUGUAAACAAACUUAUUUUGGAUUGUGAUGACAGAACUAUAUACUACAUAAUAUAUUAUUAUAAUAGAAACUGUAUCAUUUUUGCCAUUUGGGGGGGGGGAAUUGGUUUUGGUGGACAAACUUGCCUCAAAAGAUGUGUUUUCAAAUUGAUCCCAAUCAAGUGGACGUGGCCCAAGAAAAAAAAUGUAAAUGGAUAUUAUUUUGCCAUGGCAUUAAGAUAAUUAUGGUUUUCAGAUCACUUUUACUUUUUUGUAAAAUGUAAAUAUAGUUGCAGUAUUUUCCUCUGAAAAAAUGACAAACAUAAGAUUUCCACAAGAUGAAUUUUUAGUCAUUAUAGAUUCUGAUUGUAUGUUGACUCAAAUCUCGUCUCAUCUCUGGUGUAUAUAUUUCUUUGUUUAAAAGUGCCAUUCACACCAUUUUAAAAACUUUUAAAUAAAAGUUAUUCUUGUAAAAUAA